UGAUGCUGUGUGAAUCUCCUUGACUGUGUAGGUGGCUAUGGUAUGAUUGAUUCCUCUCAGCUCUAGCUUCCUUUCAGAUUGAUUCCUCUCAGGUGUGUUCCCUCGAUGAGAGCUCAACUGGUUAUGAGGUCUGGAACUCAAGUUGAGAGGUGAGAAAAUGCUGUGAAAACAAUGAAAUAUUUAAUAACUGCAACCAAAUAUUAGAAAUCAAUAAGUAAGUGUUAUUUCAAAAAUAUCAGAAUGUAACGGAUUAUACUUACUUACAAUUGAAUGUCAGCGUUGUGCUGCUGGUAAACCUCUGGGGAGUUGAGUACAGCAUGCUCCAAUUGCACACGCCCCCUCGUAUGCUCUCUCUCACUCGUACAAGCCUGCAACAGACAGAGAAACGACUUGGUAUAAAAUCAGUUGCCUCAGAGGAAAAUCACCAUUUACGUUAGAGAAGAGUUAAGUGAACUUAUAUACCCUACGUGAACUUCUCCCUAAUCAUCAUCUACACAAUGGAUUCAUCAUCAUCUUCAAGCUUCAUCAUACCAGACAGCCCACCAACAGAGCAGCAGCUCAACUACUGGCAGCAGCAGCAGCAGCAGAAGCAGCAGCAGAAAGCUUGCAGCUCGGCUGCCACCUCCGCUGCCACAGCUGCCGCCUCCGCUGUCUCCGCCGCCUCCUCCUCCGCCUCACCCCUGAAGAGACAGGGAAUCUUCGUUCAACGAGAGAGGGGUGAGGAGAUCGUGAUUCCGGACAGUCCUCUGCCACAAUCUACACCGGCUACCUGGGCGCCGCGACGAGCGGUGCUGUCAACUCAACCCAGCAAGCAGCCGGUGAAGAGGAGGCUAGUUUUCGAGGACGAGGCCGUGCUCACUCAAUAAAAGAAACAUGUGCCGGAAGAGGAGGAGGACAGCUCGAUCAUGCCUCUCUUGCGGGAGGAGGGGGAAGUGGAGACAGAGGAUGAGGACGAGAUGCAAUCGGAGAACUUCCUGAGAUUGUCAAAUAGCCGCGCCGAGAAGCCAUGGACGCCUCUCCGCGAGUUGGAAGAGGGCAUGCCAUAUCCGAUA